AUGUUUGGUGGUGGCAUCAAGUUGAAGAUAAUGGAUAGUGACACCAUCCAUUUGAAUAUGGUGUUUGGUGGGAUGGAAAGUGAUUACAAAGUGUGCCCUCUCGGCCUUCUGGGAGACAGAGAUACAGCUGGUCAGGAGCGAUAUAGAACCAUCACGACUGCUUAUUACAGAGGAGCCAUGGGCUUCAUCCUCAUGUAUGACAUUGCCAAUCAAGAAUCCUUUAAUGCAGUGCAAGACUGGGCAACCCAAAUCAAAACCUACUCGUGGGACAAUGCACAAGUCAUCCUUGUUGGAAAUAAGUGUGAUAUGGAGGACGAGCGUGUAAUUCCUGUUGAGAAAGGAAAACACCUGGCUGAUCAGCUAGGAUUUGAAUUUUUUGAGGUCAGUGCCAAAGAAAACAUCAAUGUCAAGCAGGUCUUUGAACGUCUAGUAGACAUCAUAUGUGAGAAAAUGUCAGAAAAUCUGGAUUCUGAUCCCUCAAUGGCCAGUGGCAGCAAGCACACAAGGUUGACAGACAACGCACCAUCAAUGCAGCAGAACUGCGCCUGCUAGUGACCACUCACCUUGGUGACUUCUAACCUUUCUGUAGUACUUUUUUUCAGUUUCUCUUUAUAGUUGCAUGUGGUAUGGACGUGACCAAAUUUAAAGUUGUGUAAAUAGUGGAACUAAGAUAUUUAUUUGUUGUUCAAAAUAUGUUUAAAUGUUGCUGUAAGAGGUUUGCUUAUUGUUACAUAAAGUGGACAUUCAAACUGUUAAAAGUUCGACUAUAUUAUAAACUAAUGUUGACGUAGAUGUAUUUAAAACUGAACCAUUAUAGUCCUUCUGAAUUGGAAAUUGAGAUUUAUAGCAAAAUCUUUCAGCACGUGUUGUAAUGAAUUUAUUUUCUACUAUCUUUUGGCUUGGGAAGUUGUAAAGAAAACAUUAUGAAGUAGUAAAUCCUAGUAAUACUGUAGAAGAGAACCUAUCAGAUUUAAGUGAAUAGAUGAGCAGUACAAAGCUGUAAUAUUGGCAGAAUAAGCUCUCCGGUUAUUUUGGCACCUUCUGUUUGUGAAACAAAAACAAAAACAAACAAAUACAAAACUAAGUAAUAUAACAAUCAUUUCAAAUUAUUCCUGGAAAGGUAAGAUCACUUCAGGGUUGACUUCCCUUCUAUGUAAAUCCGUUUACACUUGAUUUUCAGGUUAUAAUUUAUUCAACUUUAAUACCAAAAUCUGAAACCUCCGAUCAUAAAAUGUAAGUUCUCAUUUUGUGUAAUUGGCUAGGGCUGUCCUCCUGGUGGUGCGCAUGUGGGCGAGACAUCUACAUGCCUGUUCAAUAUAUGUAGAAGCUCUGACUCAGUAUCCUAGACUGGGAUGCAGGCAAGUUCCUGAUCCUAAAAUUAGACUAUUUCUGACUAUUACUGUGGUGAAAAUUUCCUGGCAAUGUUGCAAUGGGACCACUACUCCAACAGCUGAGGGACUAGGAGCACUGGUAAAGAGUAAAUCUUGAAGAUUAAAUAAACUAAAUUCUGGUCUUGACUGGUAUAAUAUUCAGCAGCUAAAUGUUAAGGGGGAGAAUGAAGGGAUGUCUACAACCAUUUCUCUCUCCAUGGAUCAUCUCAAGCCCAUUAUCAUUGGGUGCUACAGCCUACAGGCAGUUUCAAGAAGUGGUUGCACGUCACUUUCCUCUCCUACUCCUUUUUGCACAGUGUAGUGAAGUGGUUCUGGUGGAAUGCAGUGGCUGAAAGAAGUAUAAGCCUCACAGCUCAAAUAUUGCUUUAUUCUACACUAGAUUCCUGCCCAAUUCCAGAUAACAUUAUAGAUUCUGGAACAUUUUGUAUGAUGAAUCUGCUGCUGUCUGAAAGAACAUCAAAAUAUUCAUAUAAAAUUCAUUUCAGUUAUAGAAUGCUUUACAAGAUGAAAGGUAACACAGUGGCUUAAAAAAAACUUGAGAGAAUGAAAGAGCAAUCUGUAACUUAAGAAGGCAGUCUUCAUUUUCAGAUGUAAAUUAGUUCUCAUUUGAUUGGUACUACUUGAAAGAACUCAUGUUUGUAUAACCAGUCUAAGCUCAUUUGAAUAGAUAUUCAACUAGAUGCAGUGUCACAAGGAAGAAAACAAAUAUUUAGAAAGCUUUUGAAAAACUUUAAAAGCUGGAAUAACUCAUUAAUAACCUUAUUAAAGGCUGUAAAAGUAGGAGUACAGCAGAACUAAUCUGAGGAUUAGAAACAAUACUGGUGGCAAUCUACCCUAGAUUUUUGUGUGAUCGCAUCCGUAAAGUGGAAUUGUAUUUGGCAGACUUUUUGGCAGAUUUCAUAUGAAUGUAGCAAGCAUAACGGCUACCUUUUAAAAUGUAUAUCUUAACUCUGAGAUUUACCACUGGUAUUGGAAACCAUAAAUUGCAUAAUAUGCAUGACCACUGAGGCUGGGUGUGUCUCCUGUACCCUACCAACCCUACCAACCCUCCCCGUACCCACCACCACCACCAGUAUAAUUGGAUUCUGUCUACCCCACUCCAUAUAUAAGUGGUAUCAAAACUGUGUCAGUGCUGUGAAUAAUAUGAGGACAUCAGGAACAUUACCAGUCUGAUUACAAUACAUUAAAGAAUAAUCAUAAAUAAUUAAAUCUUAAAAUAGAUAUUUAAAUAAGGCAAGUACUGCUGUUGGAACUGUUGUCAGUUAAAUCGACAACUUUAGGAGAUGAUAGAUGAAGAGAAAGAUAACAGGAGAAGCAAAAAGGGUCACAGAAAGUUAGUACUGAUAGUUUAAAAAAUAUUGAAGUAGCAAAUUAAAAGGAACUAUACUCUGCACACACCCUACACUAUUUUUGACCUCUGAGUGUUUAGUGCUAGGUUUUGAAGACAAUAGAGAAUAAAAUCCCAUAACCUCGUAUUGAUUAGCAUAAAAUCCAUUCCAGUCAGCAGCUUUUAUUUGUUUGUUAAACUUGUUGCAGCUUCUUCAAGAUAUUUUCAACCAAUGAAAAUUACCCUCUUAAAAUAGAACAGAAUUUUAGUUUGUCAGGUGCCUCUGGUGAAAUACUCUGAAUUUCCAUAUUAUUUCAAGCAAUUUUCUGGCUCCAGGCAAAUGUUGCAGGAGGAGCAAAAAUUUAGGUGGUAUUCAGUUCCAUCAGUUUUCCAGCCCAUGGCAGUUUUAUUUGAUGCCAUUUCCACUGGAAAUGGGGUCAGGUAUCUAUUUUUCCUAUUCUGCAUGGAUAUAAUAAGCUGACAGAAUGAUGUCAACCAUCCAAAUUUUUGUUGGCAUUGCCUCAUUUAUCCCAAUAAUUCAUUCAAACCCUCUGACCAUAGAAGGUGUUAUGUGGUUGUGGGAGUAAUGUGUCAGUUGUAGAAGUCUCAUUCCAUCAUUAUUCCAGCACCUGUAUUUGUGGAGCCAAAAUCAUUUCAUUUUAAACAGAAAAACAAAUCUUCAUAAGGCUUUUAAUUAUGCCAAAAUCUGUAAAUAUUACAUACUGUAUAUAGGACAUCUGUACCCAAUGUUGUUUAGUCAUCUGUAUUGUGUCUGAAUCCACAUAUGUUUGAUUGAAGAUCUUUUACCCUGUUAAAAUAUUUUAAGAAAAUACAUGGCACUCUACUGAAUUAGAGAUUCAUGUUCUGUACCUUUCAUUGUGAAGCUUGACAUUUCUGUUUUGCAUUUCUUCUGAAUCAACUUGUUCAGAGAUAUUAUGACCUACCUUUGGAGCUGGUGGAACUUGAACCCAAGCUUCUUGGCUCAGAGAUGGAGACACUACCACCGCAUCACAAGAGCCUCCCAAAGCUACACUUAUGUAUUGGUUUUAUCCAGAAUAUAGGCUACUUUUCUAUAUCCACCCAUUUAUAUUUUUAAAUAUUGCUAAUGCUCAAAAGUAUAACAAAAUUAUUUCAGGAUAACUUAAAAUGUAUGUUUCAAGACAUUAUCAUUGCAAGUAAUGUAUUGGGAAAUGGAUAUUUUGUGAAACUAAUCCAGUGACCAUUUUAAUAAGCAUAUGUUACAGCACUGACUGAAAUAAAUCGAUUUCUUUUAGGAGAAUACCUAAUUUUUUGACAUUGUUAUCCUGCUGGCACAGAGUUGAGAUGACUAAUUGCUUGCAAUGAUAUGGAAUCUGCAUUGUUGAAUUGUAUUGACACCUCCAUGCCACUUUCCACUGUAGUCAGAACUUGUUCAUUGCCAUGCAGAUCUGUUAAAAUUGAAGUUGGCAGAGCUGGUGCAGCAGGCAGCACUAUCCCAAAGUAAAACAGCUUAAAAAUGAAGUGUACAGCUGCAUGGACAAUUUAGAAUGUCAAAAUUGACAUUAGGCUGGUUAUGUUUAUCUAUUGCAACUGUUGCAAAGCCAGAGCACAACUGACUAUGUGAUUGUAAUAACCUCAAAUCACUUACCAAAUUUA